GGAGUGGGGCUUCCGGCGCCGUUGGGGUGGGCGUUUGUUGGCGUCGGGGCGGUUGUCUCUGGUCGGUGAGUUCUAGCUCGGCGUUGGGACCGCGCGGGGAGGACCGCAAGGAGGAGCCCCGUGCGCCUGUGUGACCGCGGGGAGGGUCAGCUGAGCCCCCGACCCACCCCUCUCCCUCGCACGGCCCCAGCCUCCCCGCGGCCCGAUGGCGGCCUUGGUGACCCCGGCGCAGGUAUUGGUGACCUUCAAGGACGUGGCCGUGACUUUUACCCAGGAGGAGUGGGGGCAACUUGACCUGGACCAGAGGACCCUGUAUCGGGAGGUGAUGCUGGAGACCUGUGGGCUCCUGGUGUCACUGGGGCAUCCAGUUCCCAAAGCAGAGCUGAUGCACCUGCUGGAGCCUGGGCCAAAGGUAUGGACAGUCACGAGGGGCCUCUCAUGGAGUACAUGUCCAGGUAGGAACUGGGAGCUCGCUGGGACAGUGGAUUCAGGGCAGCCUUUGGAACGCACGGGGACCCGAGCCUCUCACCUUCUGGAGGGAACUCUUUGCAGAGUCUGGUUGUUCUCUCACAUCAAAGGAUCGUGUGCAUCAGCAGGUGACAGAGCAGAACCUCAGACCAGAGAGCCAAGCACUUCGCAGCUGGUUUUGUCCGAGGGAGCCUUGCUCCGGGGAAGCCUGACUCUGGGAUCUUCAAGGUGCUCCAGGUCGGGGCAGGCCAGGGAUCCAGGGGGAAUUCUGGAAGUGGAGAGGGAUCAGCUGAGGCCACAGACAGCCCCCCACAAGGAGACCCACCUCAGGAAGAUGAGCCUUGGAAACGAGGGUCUGGGAACGGGUGCUAGUCUGCGCUCUGGGGCGUUAGAGGGGAGAGUCUCUCUGGGGGCUGUUCUCCACCAGCCUGACCCACCAGGACCGCCAAAAGGCCCCAUGGUUCCUCACGUCUACAAAUGCAAGCAGUGCGGGAAAGGGUUUCGCAGGAAGUGGUACCUGGCUCGCCACCAGCGGGUUCACACGGGAAUGAAGCCCUACGAGUGCAGCGCGUGCGGGAAGGCCUUCAGCCAGAGCUCCACCCUGGUCCGGCACCACCUCACGCACAGCGGGGAGAAGCCCUUCCGGUGCGGGGACUGCGGCAAGGCCUUCAAACGCCGGUCCUACCUCACCCAGCACCGGCCGGUGCACACCGGGGAGAAGCCCUACGAGUGCGGUCAGUGUCGCAAGGCCUUCACGCACCGGUCCACGUUCCUCCGCCACCGUCGGACGCACACGGGGGAGAAGCCCUUCGCGUGCCGGGACUGCGGCAAGGCCUUCAGCCACAGGGCGCACCUGCUGCAGCACUGCCUCACGCACAGCGGGGAGAAGCCGUUCGCGUGCGGGGACUGCGGCAAGGCGUUCCGCUGCGGCUCGGAGCUGGCACAGCACCGGCGCCUGCACACCGGCGAGCGGCCGUUCCGCUGCGGCCAGUGCGGCAAGGCCUUCCACCGCAGCACCUACCUGCUGCAGCACGCGGUGGUCCACGCCGCCGCCACGCCGUUCGCCUGCGGCCAGUGCGGCAAGGCCUUCAAACGCCGCUCCCACCUCCUGCAGCACCGGCGGGUCCACACGUGAGCGCGGGCCCGCGCCCCGCGGGAGGGCGGGGCCCCGUGCGUGCGGGGGCAGCUGCAGAGGGUUCCGCUGUCGGGCUUCGGCCACACGGGCCGCCGUGGGGCGCAGUGAAGGCACGAAGCCUGACGCCGCCGCCGGCAGCUGGGGGGUGCGCGCCACGGAGGAGGCGCGUCGCCUGCAGGCCGCCCCCGCCGACCUCGGGAGACACGCGGCGAGAGAUGCUGCAUCGAACACGAGAGCCAUUCUCAGCCCCGAGGACACGCACAGGUAACGGAGAGGAACCGCGUCAUCGUCGCCGCCGGGACCGCCCGGGCCGGUCACCACUUGUCCCGCGGGCUCACGCUGGAACCCGGCGGAGCUCGGGCUGCACCUGUGAGGAGGCACACGGGGACAGACGUGGCGUCCCGGGCCCUGACCGCAGCCUUCAGCCACGGCCAAGGUGCUUCGCUUGGUCUGCCCUCCCAGCCUGCCCAGCCCGUGCUGAGAUGAUCGCCCGUCCGCAGGAGCGCCAGUCCACCUGGUUGGGGCGCCCGGGCAGCCCGCACCGGGCAUUGCCUCGUGUGCCUGGCGGGGAGAGUGACACCAGGGAGGCUGAGGCGGGGAUGGAGGGACCUCUGUGUCCAGAUGUGCAGAUUCCAGCCGCUUGGAUCUUCAGGCCGUGCUCCGGCCAGGGCGAGGGUGAUGUGCCAGGACGGGUGAGGGACAGUGCUCAGCCGGUACAAGCUGGAUGCCACUGAGACGGAAGCCCAGCCUGUCUCCCUGGGGAGAGCCCUACAGAUCCCGCCCAGAAGAGCUGGGGGACGCGACCUACUAGAGAGCUCCAUCAUCCAAGCAGGCCCCAGGGCCCAAAACAAAACGGAACAGCUUUCGGGAGGGCAUAGCUCAAUGGUAGAGCGCGUGCAUAGAUAGCGUGCAUGGGGUCCUGGGUUCACAAUUAAGAAGCCAUCUCAGCAUUACCUUAAAAGGAAGAAGGAAAGCAGGCAGCGGUGGCUGUAAACGGAAGAAGCAGGUGCCUCGGCAGCCUCUUCCAGACCGCCCUGCCACGCCCGCUGCGGUCUCUCAUCAGGUUCGGGGGGGUGGGGGUGGGGGGCGAUGUCUGAGAGCAAAAGGAUCCUGGCCCUUGAUUUUUUUUCCUUUUCUUUUUUUUAGGGGAGAGGGGUUAAUUUGUGCUUUUAUUUGCUGGUAUAACUUAACCGACAGUGGCAAACUUUUUCUGCAUUCUUUUUUUUAUUGAAGUAUAGUCAGUUUACAAUAUUGUGAAAUUCUUUUUUUUUUUAAAUAGUGGGGGAGGUAAUUAGGGUUUUUUUGUUUGUUUUUCUUAAUGAAGGUACUGGGAUUGAACUCAGGACCUCGUGCAUGUUAAGCACACACUCUACCACUGAGCUAUACCCACCCUCACGCCUGCAAACUUUUUUUAACCUAAAAAAUACAUUUUACAUCACAAUCCCACAAAAACACAUGUAUAAUACGGAGACAUAUAUAUAAAACUGAAAAAGUUUUGCCAAAAAUGCCUACCCUAACACUUGUUUUUAAUUUUAAGACUUUUUUUUAAAGCAGUUGUAGGUUUACACCAAAACUGACAGGAAAGUACAGAAAUUUUGCAUAUACACCGUUAACACACACGUGCAUAGCCAUUGUCAAAGUCGUUUACCAGAGUGGUACUUUUUUUUUUUUAACUAACAAUGACCCUACAUUGACACGUCAUAAUCACCAAAGUCCACAGUUCACCUUAGGUUGGAGAAAAUUAUAGUGACAUAUAUCCAUCAUUAUAAUGUCAUGCAAAGCAUUUUCACUGCUCUAAAAAAUGUCUGUACUCCAGAAUGCCAGCCCUUGAUUUCUUUCUAUGUGGGAGUGGGGAGAGGUAAUUAGAUUUCUUUCUUUCCUGUUUUUUUAACAGAGGUACUGCGGAUGAUGAGCACACGCUCUGCCCCUUGAGCUAUACCCUCCCUCCUAGGGCCAGGGAUGUGUAACUGGUGAGUCCAGACAAGUCCAUGCAGGUGGCAUCUUUAUGGGUUUCCCAGUGGGCACUGUGGACUUACUCCUUUGUGCUGCCUUUGGAUGUGAUUAUUUGAUAUUUGCUCCGAGAUUUUUUUUUUUUUUUACUUUGAGAUUAGUUUCAAGCGCUGCAAGAUAAUCAGUGUUAACUCUGGUUAAAAAAUCUCUUGUACAAGAGGGGAGGGUAUAGUGCAGUGGUAGAGUGCAAUCCCCAGUACCUCUGUUAAAAAUAAGUAAUUCAUUAAAUAAAUAGUUACCUCCCCAAUUAAAAAUUUUUUGAAAAAAAAAUUUCUUGUACAGAAAAGGAUAAAAUAAUUUCCUCACUUGGAACUGUCUUCAGCGCCUUUUUAAAGACCACGUACACACUUCAUCUUUUCACAGUGGGCGUGCACCCUUUAUGUGCUGCACAGGGCAUGACAACACUUUUUUUUUAACAUAGUUACAUAUAUUUAUUAAUCAUCAAGUUUUUUUUUUUUAACCAAACAUUCGGUUUAUUAAAAAGAAUCAAUUAGCAGGGCUGGAGGGGAAAAGGCCACUACUGAUGCAAAAUAGCAAAACUUCUUUAAUACUGGACACAUGAGCAGCAUCCCCCAGAUGCAAUUGUAAGAAAAAUCCUCCUGGAACAGGAAAGAAUUUAUGCCAAGUGCUUAUUAAACAGAACUUUGAAAAAACUCUGCAAAUGCAGUGAGUUAGGCAAUGGCCCCAUAAAGGUAGGUAACUCAAGGCGUUGUUUUCCUAAACCCAAACCCAUGCAUUUAGUUAAUCCUGGUAAAGGGCCCCAAUAUCCAGAGGGAAACAAGCUUUUCCUGUCCUGCUUAGAGAGCAAAAGGCAAGUGUUGAGGAGGCACAGAGCCCUGCCCACUGCCCCACCCACCUCACAAGAACCGCCCACUAGCAUAGACUGACCCGCUAGAGUAGGCCAAUUACCGGAAAUAGGAAUCCACAUGCAUGGGGCAUGCUACUGUAAUCACACUGAGCUCGGUAUACGCUGGUGUUCAGAUUUUUGAAAUAAAGAUAAAUGGACAGACUGAAGUAUCUGAGUUAAACACUGCACAGUAUAUUCGACAACUGGAAAAAAAUCUAGAGGGUGGUAUAACUAUUCACGUUUGUAAGCAAGUAUAGGGACAAGCCCUGCAAUCUGAAGAAAAACCCGUUCAGGGCAGAGUUGACAAUCUCCCCCUGACUUUCAGGAGUGUGUCACUAUACGAAAACCUCUGGAUUCAGGAAAGUAGCAACAGGAUAUUAAGGAAUUGGCUUCUGUCAUCAUGGAUCAUGGGGACCAGUCUGAAGCAGGGCUGACUGGAGGCUGGGAACGUCGCAGCUCAGAUCCAGGAUCUGCAGGUUAGAACAGCAGUCUAGAGAAUGGUUAGUGCUUUCCUCAUAAACUCCUGGAUUUCCAAACAGGUUCCUUUUCCAUACAAUGACCAAGUCUUUUUUAAGAUGUUUUCCAUAAGGCUUUUUUUUUUUUUUCAAUCUGGCUGCUGCAGGAUAUUCAGCCAUCCCUGAUCUGAUCUUUUAUUAUCAUUUCUUUUUUUAACGGAGGGAGGUAAUUCGCUUUAUUUUAAAAUUUUUAUUUUUUAUUGACGUGUAGUUGAUUUACAGUGUUAGUUUCAGGUGUACGGCAAACCGAUUCAGUUAUACAUAUACACAUUUUUUUUCUUUUCAGAUUCUUUUCCAUCAUGUUAUUGAAAGAAACUGAAUUUAGUUCCCUGUGUUAUACAGUAGGUCCUUGUUUAUCUAUUUUAUAUAUAGUAGUGUGUGUAUCUGUUAAGCCCCAACCCCUAGUUGUUUCUCAUGCUCGAGAGCAGUCAGGGUACUGAGUAUGCAGGGAGGGCAGUGAAUCGGGAAAGUUACAGUGAGUAGCAGCAUCGGCACACAUGGAUGACAAAGUAAGGUGACGUUUAUUCCGUGCUCCAAGAAAUAAUUAGUUGUACAUCAUGUGUGUCCGACACUUCGGGUAGAUGAGAUGCACAUGCACAGGACGUCGAUGAUUUUGCCCUGGUGGAGCUUAUAUUCUGGUUGAGCAAAACAUUCCACUUGCAAUGUCCCUAAGUGAUUAAGUUACACAGUAGGUUAGAAAGUAAUGAGUUCCGUGGAAAAGAGGAAAGAGGACACAGAGGAAGGAAAACAUGGGGGUAGGGGCAAGGUGAAACAUUAAUAGAGUGUUCACUUAGGACUGAUGGGGUGACGACAAUAUGGUAGCACAUAUUUUAAAGAGGUGAGAAAAGAUAGCUUCUUUCUUCCUUUCUCAUGCAUACAGGUGUAUAUUAUUUCUUGCCAUACAGAAUUAAAUAACUCCUGUGGAGUAAUGUUGAAGGACAGAGGAGAUACCAGUUAUGUUUAUUUUAUCCUUGAUCUUUGGGAGAUUUUUGGGGGGAGGGGAGAUAAUUAGGUUUAUUUAUUAAUUUUCUUUUUUUUUUUUUAAUGGAAGCACUGGGGAUUGAACCCAGGACCUUGUGCAUGCUAAGCAUGCACUCUAGCCCUGAACUACACCCUCACCUCCUUGGGGGAAAUAUUUAAUAAUAGAUCAUAUGUAUGGCAUAUGUUGUAGAAUUUUUUGUGGAUUAGAUGUUUAAGGAAAAUCCAUUCUAUACUUUGUUUAAAAAAACAGCAAGAAUGAGUGAAUUAGCAUCAAAUUAUCUUUAUGCCUCUUCUGAUUUGAUUAUAUGACAUGUUUUCUGUAGGUGGUGAAACAUAUAUAUUGAUUUUUGUGUUUUUAAGUUUUCUGUAUAGUUUUAAACUUGCAGAAAACUUGUAAGACUAGUACAAGAUACUCUUGUGUCAGAUUUACCCGAGUUAAACACUUGUUUGCUUUGCAUCUUUUUCUUUAUCAUUCUCUCUCUCCACGUAUAUGUAUGUGUGUUUCUGAGCAGUUUGAGUUUAACUUGGAAAUAUCUUGCCUCUGUACAAAUGAAUACUUCAAUGCAUGUUUCCUAAGAGCAUAUUUUAUACUGGAGUAUUAUCAUAAUCAGGAAAUUCAAUAUUAGUAAAAUACUACUAUUUAAUCCAUGGUCGAAGUUCAGAUGUCAUCAUUCAUCCUAAUAUUGUCCCUUUGUAUUUUUCCUGGUCCAUGACCACACCCAGAAUCGCAUGGUGUGUUUAGUUACCAUUACUCCCCCUACACUCCUUUAAGGAGACACUCCAUCAGCCUUUCAUUGAGUUUCUUGGACCUGACUGUUUUUGACAAACAUUAUGACAUUUAUUCUGUAAAAUCUCCUGCUUCUCUGAUGUUUGCUAAUGACUGUAUUUCGCUGUUGCCUUGCUUUACAGUGAAACCCCAGAAGUGAUGUGGUGCUGUCCGCUUUUACCAGUGUUGGCGUUAAUCUCUGUCACUUCUUUAAGUUUGUGUUCUUGCCUUUAAAAUGACUCUUUCCCGGGGGUGGGGCGUGCAGCUCAGUGGUAGAGAGCAUGCUCAGCGUUCACGAGGUCCUGGGUUCAAUCCCCAGUGUUUCUGUUAAGGGAGAGAAAAGUUUUUUUAAAAAUGAAGAAUAAGUAAAAUUAUUAUUUCUCUUUUUAGUAAAUAAUUAAGAAGAUGUUUUGAAACUAGGUGAAUAUACUGAUCCACAUCAGUAUCUCACCCCACCACUGAUGAUUUUCAAAUUCCAUCAGUGUUCUACGUGUAUUAGUUGGCAUUCUUCUUUGGAAGUCAGUUUUCCCAGUGACUUGUCUGUCCAUUUGUUUUUCAUUAAUUCGUAUCAGUGGAUUCUUAAAUACUGAAGUGGGUGAUGCUCCUGCAGUGUCUCUGGUUUUGAAGCUCAGGUUUCCCAUGAGCCAUCCUUCAUGCUGGCUGGUCUGUCCCCAUUUCAUGUCACCAUGACAUUUGGUGCACCUAAGGUACCAAAUAUAUUAAGGUUUCAUCUUUCAACUUCCCUUGCCCUGCCAGGCAUCAGUCUUUUCUCCAAGGAGUUCUUCCUUCUGGUAGAGAAAGGUAUGGAGAAAUCAAGAACAGGGUCCUGGAAGUGCUACACCAGGGAGCUGUUGCUUCCAGGCUUCUUUGACGGCGCCAGAUUUAGGUUCGCAAACACUAACCCUGUGAUGGCACAGUCCAUGCCAUUAACUGAAGGUCAGGGAGGGUUUUAAACUAUUUAAAUAUAAAAUUUAUUUCAGGGAAAGACAUCAGUUAUCAACUGUACAAUCUGAUGACUGACAAAUGCAUUUAUCCCUAAAAAAACUUCCCAAUCUAGGUACAGAACAAUUCUCUGAUGCCAAAAAAUGCCCACUUGCCUGAUGGAGUAAGUCUCUGAGAAUCGCUGGCUUUUUUGACUUUUUAUUUUUAAUGUAGUUGUUUUGCCUGUUCUUUCACUGGUAUCUAAAUUUUGCCUGUUCUGUGUUUUAUGGAACAGAGGCUUUUUUUUUGGUAAUGUUAAUAUGUUUGUCAAUGUUAAUUAAGAUUUUGACUUUUCCUGGAUUCUUAAUUAUCCAGGUAUAACAAAACUAUGCUCCUCGUAUUUUUAAAAAUUAGUUUUAGUUAUACACUUAUUCUUAGAGCAGCUGGAGUCUGUCAGUGUACACAGUGUUACAUCUGAAUCCACUGCUACUUACAUAACAUGAGCUGUUUUUGCAGAGGACAGAAUUAAUUCAUUAGAUACUUAUUUGCUACCUACACUUUUUAAGAGUAUUUUGUGCAAGGUUGGCAGCAGUGAAAGAUAUUUAUAAAACUUCCCCUUAUGAAGAAUAAA